AUGGCCCCCACACGAGUCACCUACCGUCGCCGGAACCCCUAUAACACCACGUCCAACCGGACGCGUGUGAUCAAGACUCCUGGCGGCCAGCUGCGUGUUCUGCACAUCAAGAAGCGCGGCACUGCCCCCAAGUGCGGCGACUGUGGCAUCAAGCUCCCGGGUAUCCCUGCUCUUCGUCCGCGCGAGUACGCCACCAUCUCUAAGCCUAAGAAGACCGUCCAGCGCGCAUACGGUGGCUCGAGGUGCGGUAACUGCGUCCGCGACCGCAUUAUCCGGGCUUUCCUCAUUGAGGAGCAGAAGAUUGUCAAGAAGGUGCUGAAGGAGCAGAGCCAGGCCGAGAAGAAGGCUUCUAAGAAAUAA